GUUCAGAGGUGUGAAAAGAAGAAUAACCUUCUAUUAUAAAGAGUGAAUUUUGAAAAUAUUUAAAUAUUAAAAAGUUCUCUUGAUUUAUCCUAUUAACUUCGAAUACGAUGAGAUAUGAGCAGGAUGAGAGUUACGUCGGGCGGACGUUUGAUUCUCUCGAGGGCCUCUCCGACAAAACGCUAAAGGCGAUCGCGGAGAUGGGUUUCGCAACCAUGACCGAAAUACAGGCGAAAUCUCUGCCUCAUUUGCUGAAAGGUUCUCAUCUAGUGGGAACGGCGAAAACCGGUGCCGGAAAAACGUUGGCCUUUUUAAUCGCCGCAGUCGAGUGGGUGCACAGGAUGAAAGUUAAACCGCGCAACGGCACUUGCUCCAUUAUUUUGUCUCCGACCAGAGAACUGUGCCUUCAGACGUUUACCGUCUUGAAGCGACUGAUGAAGUACCACAGUCAGACAUGUUUCAGGAUUGUGGGUGGCGGAAACCGGAAAGAGGAAAGCGAGAGGUUGUGGAACGGGGCAAAUAUUCUGGUAGCGACUCCUGGACGGUUGCUCGACCAUAUGCAAAACACUGAGGGUUUUAUUUAUAAGUCGGUGUUUAAUGUAAUUAUAGAUGAAGCCGAUCGGAUGAUGGAUCUUGGUUUCGAAGCGGAUAUCCGGAGAAUUUUAGCGUUGCUAAAGAAUGAAAACAGGCAACAUAUCGUGUUUACCGCAACGGUCAACAAAAACAUUGACUCUCUGAAAUCCGUGGUGUUCCAGAACAUGAAGCCUGUGUAUGUGGGGAUGCCGGAACCAGAGGAGACGCCUACUGUCUCCACUUUGACCCAAUGCUACUUGGUUUACCGGUCGGAGGAGAGGUUUCCAGCUCUCUAUGCUCUCCUUAGGGCUUACGUCACCAAAAAGGUUAUAGUGUUUUUCAGCACUUGCACGUCGGUACGGUUCCACCAUGAUCUGCUGAACUUUAUCAACGUGGACUGCAUGUAUUAUCAUGGCCAACUGAAACAGAAUAUACGGGAGAGAACGUUCAGGAAGUUUACGAAGAUCAAGUCUGGAAUUUUGCUGUGCACCGACAUCGCUGCGAGAGGUCUGGACAUCCCAGGCGUGGACUUGAUCAUCCAGUACGAUCCUCCCGAGGAUACGAACGAGUAUUUGCACAGAGUCGGUAGAACAGCGCGAGGAGAAGGUGUCAGCGGGAAAGCCAUUUUGUUUUUGAGGCCCGAAGAAGAACGAUUUUUGGCGUUGAUGCAGCACGCGAAGAUCCCCUUGCACAACGGCCGACUCAAGAGCCAGUGCUUUGAGCACUACAACAUUCAACCUGUGAUGGAGGAAGUGGUGAACACCAACUUCCACCUGCGCCCUCUAGCGUUGGACGCGUUCAGGGCGUACGUCAGGUCGUACGCGUCCCAUCGCAUCAAGUUCGCGUUCGACGCGGACAAACUGGACUUGGACGCGGUGGCCUCGUCGUUCGGGUUGAAACGGGCGCCGCCACUGGACGCUCCCCUAAAAAAAAUCCAACACAAGAAGAAACGACGGGGUUACGUGGAUAAUACAUUCUAGUUUGUCCACGAAUAGCGUCGUUCAUUUUUUUCCAAGUGAUCAUUUUGGCCUUCCUUUUUGCCCUUCCUCUUUGUUCCUCCCGUUCCUUUUUGUUUUUUGAUUUUAUUUUCAGAUGGCUUGCGUCCUCCGGUCUCUAAGCAAUCUUCGGGGAGUGGCUUUCCAUUGCUCCAACUGUGUCUGGAAGAGUUACAAAUACAAAAGCCCGUUUUUUUACUUUUAUUUAUUGCAUAUUUAUUGACAAAGUGAAUUUAUGUUAAAUGAAGGUCUUGCACAAAUAAAUUAACUAUACCCAUUACAAAUAAUC